UGAUGUUUGCAAGUAUGAAGUGUAAAUUAAAAAAGAAAAAGAUUAAUUCGUAUAUUUUCAAUUUUAGAAAUCAUGAUGAUGAACUUCAAUAUCAUAUAGCAAAAAAGAAAAUUCCAUCUGUUGGUAAAGAUGGGAAACGUAUUGAUAAACCAACUGAAAUUAAUGGGAUCAAAUUAGAAAAAUUUGUUUUUGAUGUAUUUCCAUUUUCAAAAACAUUUGCUGUUUGGGAAGUUUGUCGUGAAGAUGAAUUUUCACCAUUAAAAAAUGGUACGGGAAGUAAAGAUACAGCGGAAACAUGUCGAAAAGAUUUAAUGCUUCAACAUAUUCGAUAUCUUAAACAAGCUGGUGCUAUAUUACAAGAGACAAAUGAAAAUAAUUGUGAAAUAUCUCCACUUGUUUCUUAUUCUGGAGAAAAUCUUGAAUUCGUCAAAGGACAAUCAUUAAAAUUUCCUAUUAUUAUGAAUACAUCUACAAAUUCUUCAUAA